AAUCGUUGAAUGGCCGUCGGUUGUUGUGAACAAAUGAGCUGAGCAGUCUUGGGUUUCGCUUCGUUCUGGUGGUGUUGUUUUCAAUAUUAAAUAACGUCGAUAACAUGUGGGUUGAUUUUGUGAUUAAUUGUGACCACAUUUUAUAAUCGAGUGCCUUUUUUCCUUGGAUUACCAUCUGUUUGGAGUGACGCUAGAACUCAAUUGGACAAAAUGGCCAACAAAAGACCUACUUUUGAACGAGCCAACAGCAUCUGUCCUACACCCCAAAGCAUCCUCCUCGCCUUCGUGAGGACGAACGACAGACGGAAUAUCAAAAGACUGGUGUCCACGAAUCCGUCCCUUUUGACCUACGUCUACCAAUCGGAUUUUUAUAAACCAAUCCUGUUAAUCGCAUGCACGGAAGUCGGAAUCAAACCGGAAACCGUAGAAACACUUAUUGAUCUGGGCGCAGAUUUAAGUUAUUCAAGUGAUGUCGAUGAGGAAUGGGAGGCGAUCCACUUUGCUGCCUGCAACACCAACAGCGGCAUAUUGAAAGUAAUCGUGGACAAACUCUCGAAGCUAGAACCGGGAAAAGUAAAUUCGUUGGCGAAAGGAAAUAAUGCCUUGCACAUUUUAAUUAAACACGGCAACAGUGACUCCGACGAGUUCAUAAAAUGUGCAGAUAUUUUGAUAAACGCUGGAAUUGAUGUGAAUCAAGGAGACGAGAAGGGCAUCUCCCCAAUUUUAUGGGCAGCUAAAAAGGAAUAUAAAGGGUUAAUAAAACUAUUGUUGGACAACACAUUGCUGAACGUGGACUUAGAUACUCACCAAUCUAGGGGCAAAACCGCUAGAUCAAUAAUCCAAGAAAAAGGUCUGUACAGUGGAACGUUACCAGCAAGUUUCAACAACAGUUACGAUUAUGGAAGAGUCUUGUUUGCCUAUCUUAAAUCUGACAACGAAACAGCCUUCGUCAACUUUAAAAAUGGAGAUAUUAUCAGUAUGUCCAACAUAGAUGACUCCAGCUCCACAUUACUUCAAAUAAGCUGUGAUAAAGGCCUUAGAGAAGCCACCUCACAUUUGUUAAAUAAAGGUGCUGAUCCCAAUAGACGAACCGAGAAGAACUCAAAAUACCCCAUUGAAAUCGCAGCAGAACACGGAUACUACGAAAUCAUGGAAUUAUUGCUUAACCACCCGCAAAUAACCAUUCCCAAAAAGACUCUAAUUACUUUACUGAAACACAUCGACAACGACAAGUUUCCUAAAAAGGACCACGAAAAAUGCUACGACCUAUUGCUUGGGAAGCUUAAAGUCAAUAACAGUCUAGCUGAUGUUAACUAUGAAGACGAAUCUGGAAACUCUGCACUUCAUUACUCCGUCAGAUACGCAGAACCAGAGAAGACAGAAGAAUUGUUAAAUUUAAAUGCGUCUCUUGCUUCUAAAAAUGUUUAUGGCGUUAUGCCCAUUCAAGACAUACAACCGGAAUUAUUGGAGAAGCAUUUGGAUAAUUGUAUUCAAUUUAACACUAAAACUAAGUCUAUCGAAAAGGAAGACUUUCCUGUUACGUUUAAUUACAGAACACUUAUUCCUCCAGUUCCCCAGAAAAACAUCUGCACCUCCGAAUAUGAUUUAGAAUCAAAAUGUCAUAGUCCUGCCCAGGAACUGGUGAAGGAAAUGGAGGUCAUUUAUUACAUGAGCAGAGCUGCUGAAUAUAAACACUUGCUUAAACACCCCGUCAUUGUAAGUUUUCUCUUUAUGAAAUGGCACAGAAUCAGAUGGCUGUUUUAUAUCAAUCUAGCCACUUACAUAACAUUUUUUACGUCUAUGGUUGUAUACAUAUUCACUUCCUUUGCUAAUUUUAGCGGUGAAGAGAAGAGUAACUUCACCAAAUGUAUUAUUUGCAUUGCUUACGCUUUAUUCGCAAUAACUUUCAUCAUUUUAGUCUUCAGGGAACUGUUUCAAAUAGUCGUUUCAACAAGAAAGUACCUGAAGAACUUCGAGAAUUACAUGGAAAUAAUUCUCAUAUUCAUCGCCGCAUCUAUUUUGUUUUCCCCAUCGGCGUCUGAUGAUUUGAGAAAGCAACUUUCGUCCACUGCCAUUUUGCUCUCGGCCUUUGAACUGGUGCUGAUGGUAGGGCAGCAUCCUAAAUUGUCAACGAAUGUUGUGAUGUUAAAAACGGUGUCGUUUAACUUUUUUAAGUUCUUACUGUGGUAUUCACUUCUUAUCAUAGCUUUCGCUUUGAGUUUCUUCAUCUUAUUCGCCGAUUCAACAUCCGAAACCAGCGCGACUAACACGACUGCAACACCAGGCGGUGACGAAGAGGAGAAUUUGUUUACGGAUCCCGGAAAAUCGGUGUUCAAGACGAUCAUCAUGUUGACCGGCGAGUUUGAUGCAAGCUCCAUUAAUUUCCAAACGUUCCCUAUAUUGAGCAAACUGAUUUUUGCCCUCUUCAUUUUUAUGAUCGCCAUUAUCCUCCUCAACCUGUUGAACGGUUUGGCUGUUAGUGACACACAGAUGAUCAAAAACGACGCGGAGCUCGUUGGUCACAUCGCCCGCGCUCAGCAUGUUUAUUAUGUUGAAAGCAUGUUACUCGGUAAUCUAUUUCCCGAAACUUUGAUCAGUUUCUUACAAACCUUGUGUUGUUGCGUACCGAAUUUGGAGUUCAUAGCAGCCAGACCUUUGGCUAAAAGGUCGUGUCUAUUUCCACAUUUUUUGAACUACGAAAUGACGAUCUACCCGAACAAAGGCGGUUUGGUGGCUCUGGCAAAAAUACGCCAAAACAGGAGAUUUUGGAGUAGCUAUUGCGUUCGUUGCAGCUCAAUUUACUUGGACAAGGAAACAGUUCGGAGGACGAAUGCUAUUAUACAAGAAAAAAGGGAGGAACUCAAAAUGAAAAAUAAGAAAAAUAGCAAAGGAAAUGAAAUUAAUGAAAAUAUUAUAAAAAUGCAGAAUAAAAUAGAUAAAUUGGAGUUUAUUAUAGAAAACUUGUUAAAUGCAAGAAACGAGUGACUUAUAUUGUUUUAUCAUUUUAUGUUGUAAAUUACUAUUGUGUAUUUUAUUAUUAAUAUAUAAUAUAUUUUUUA